AUGUCUGAAUUCACUAGUACGACGUCCGCAGCCUCUCUGGCGGAACCGAUUGUCUCUGAGACACCGGUCAGCUCUCCUCCUGAGGUACCUCUCGUCACUCUACGGAGAGUCGGCCCCCCGACCCCUUCCUUUGACAAGACUCAAAUUCAGCAGUACAUCGAUCUCUUGACUGGAGUCUCCGACACAGUGACCUUGUCCCAUGUGGAAGUUGUUGCAACCGUGCACAUAGAAGCCCCGCAUAAUCUACUCGCACCUCAACUGCCAGUGAGCCAGACUGAAGUGGACAGAAUGGACAUCGACGCUACACAUAAAAAUGAGAACCCACCAGUUGACCCUACACCAGAGGGAGUAGAGGCUGCCAUUGUAGUUCUGGGUCAAGAGAAACCAGCUGUUCCAGUUGGCAUACCCCUUGCUCAAUCUCCGUUUGAGCCUGAUCACGCCAUGCGUUCAAUCGGGAUGGAUGGAGAGAAUACACCAGACAUUUCUCCUUACACCUCCACACCCCCCUUGAGACCUUAUGAAUCUACGCCUUUCCAAGUGCCUCAGAGAGCACCGUUUGACGGACCAGCGUCUCGAGCCGCCAGAGGGUCUCCUCCCCUGCCUCCAGACUGGAAUGAACCAAAUGAACGGCAGGUUGAUUGUCAGGCAUGCCGUGAACACGUGAGAAAGCCAAUCUUCAUAACCUGUGGCCAUGCAUACUGUCGCCAAUGCCUCAACCGACUGUUUCGUACUGGGACUGUGAAUAGAGGAUCAUGGCCUCCAAGAUGCUGUGGAGCCAUCGAAGUCGAAGCAAUACAAAAUCACUUGGACGAAGACAUCCUCAUACGAUAUGUCACAGUAGCUGAAGAGUUCGGUAACCGAAAUCCGAUUUACUGUGCAAACAAAACUUGCAGCCACUAUUUCGAGCAAACCCGGGUCAGCAGCACGCAGGGAAAAUUCAUCCAAUGCACCGAAUGUGACACUAGGACCUGUACUGAAUGUAAACAGAAUUCAGUGGAACACAUUGGAGUCAACCAGACCGAUUGCAAGGAAGUUCAAGAUCUGAUGACACAAGAAGAUCAGAGACUAGCUCAGAGCAAGAGAUGGAAACAGUGUCCUGGAUGUCGAAACUUGGUCGAACGCAUCGACGGCUGCUCCCACAUGUCGUGCGUGAUGCGUUUACAACCGGGUGUCCUUGCAGGUCAGGGCCAAUUGGUCAUCGUCGGCAACCCGCUACGGAGGGAGACAACGUGCCUCGUCGAAUGGCGCGGCGCGUCCUGGAUUCCCAAAUAA